CGCGGCCGCUCCCGGCCGGCAGCGCGGGGGUUAAGCGGCCCAAGUAAAAGUAGCUGGGCGAUCGGCGCCGGAGAUUCGCGAGCCCAGCGCCCGGCACAGCCUACCGCCGGCCUCCCUCCCGCCGGUCCCGAUCCGAGGCGCGACUGCGGCGCCGCGCACGAGCCAGCCUCCCGGCAGGAAACAAUGAAGGGAGACAGCAGACACCUCAAUGAGGAAGAAGGUGCCAGUGGGUGUGAGGACUCCAUCAUUGUCAACGGAACCUGCAGUGACCAGUCCUCAGACACCAAGGAUGCUCCCUCACCCCCAGUCUUGGAGGCAAUCUGCACACCUGAGAGCAGAGGCCGCAGAUCAAGCUCACGAUUGUCCAAGAGGGAGGUCUCCAGCCUGCUAAGUUACACUCAGGACCUGACUGGAGAUGGAGAUGGAGAUGAUGAAGUAGAGGAGGAUGGGGAUGGCACUGAAAUUCCAGUCAUGCCAAAACUCACUCGGGAGACCAGGAUACCCUCUGAAAGCCCAGCUGUGCGAACCCGAAAUAGCAAUAGUACCUCCAGCCGGGAGAGGCGCAGAGCCUCCCGGAGAGUCACCCGGGGCCGGCGGGGCCACCACCAAGUGCACGAUUCCCCUGUGGAGUUUCCAGCUACCAGGUCCAUGAGGCGGAGGGCAAGAACAUCAGCAGGCACGCCGUGGCCAUCCCCAUCCAGCCCCUACCCCACCAUCGACCUCACAGAUGAAGAAGUGACACCUGGGAGCAGCAGGACCCCCUCCGUUGACCUAGGCCAGGACAGCCAGCAGGAGAGCAUGGACUCCACACAGGUGGAUACAGAAAGCAGGGAUGGAGACAGCACUGAGUAUCAGGACGGAAAGGAGUUUGGAAUAGGCGACCUUGUGUGGGGAAAGAUCAAGGGCUUCUCCUGGUGGCCUGCCAUGGUGGUUUCCUGGAGGGCCACCUCUAAGCGCCAGGCCAUGCCAGGCAUGAGAUGGGUACAGUGGUUUGGUGAUGGCAAGUUCUCUGAGGUCUCUGCAGACAAACUGGUGGCCUUGGGGCUGUUCAGUCAGCACUUUAAUCUGGCCACCUUCAAUAAACUGGUUUCUUACAGGAAGGCUAUGUACCACACUCUGGAGAAAGCCAGGGUUCGAGCUGGCAAGACCUUCCCCACCAGCCCUGCAGACUCACUGGAGGACCAGCUGAAGCCCAUGUUGGAGUGGGCCCACGGAGGCUUCAAGCCCACUGGGAUUGAGGGCCUCAAACCCAACAACAAGCAACCAGUGGUUAAUAAGUCGAAGGUGCGUCGUACAGGCAGUAAGGACUUAGAAUCCAGGAAACACGAGAGCAAAAGUCGAAGACGCACAACAGAUGACUCUGCAACUUCUGACUAUUGUCCCCUACCCAAGCGCCUCAAGACAAACAGCUGUGGUGGCAAGGACCGUGGGGAGGAUGAUCAGAGCCGAGAGCAAAUGGCUUCCGAUGUUACCAACAACAAGAGCAACCUGGAAGACAGCUGUUUGUCCUGUGGGAGGAAAAACCCUGUGUCCUUCCACCCACUCUUUGAGGGUGGGCUCUGCCAGACAUGCCGGGAUCGCUUCCUCGAGCUGUUUUACAUGUACGAUGAUGAUGGCUAUCAGUCAUACUGCACCGUGUGCUGUGAGGGCCGUGAGCUACUUCUGUGCAGCAACACAAGCUGCUGCCGGUGCUUCUGUGUUGAGUGUCUGGAGGUGCUGGUGGGCACAGGCACAGCUGAAGAGGCCAAAAUGCAGGAACCCUGGAGCUGCUACAUGUGUCUCCCUCAGCGCUGCCAUGGUGUCCUCCGACGCAGAAAGGACUGGAACACACGCCUGCAGGAUUUCUUUACCACUGUUCCCGAUCUGGAGGAAUUUGAGCCUCCCAAGUUGUAUCCAGCUAUUCCUGCAGCCCGACGACGGCCAAUUAGAGUUCUGUCCCUGUUUGAUGGAAUUGCGACAGGCUACUUGGUCCUCAAAGAAUUGGGUAUUAAAGUGGACAGGUACGUCGCCUCUGAAGUCUGUGCAGAAUCCAUCGCUGUGGGAACUGUGAAGCAUGAAGGGCAAAUCAAAUACGUGAAUGACGUCAGGAAAAUCACAAAGAGAAAUAUUGAAGAAUGGGGCCCCUUCGACUUGGUGAUUGGUGGAAGCCCGUGCAAUGAUCUCUCUAAUGUCAAUCCUGCCAGGAAAGGACUGUAUGAGGGUACUGGCCGACUCUUUUUUGAGUUUUACCACUUGCUGAAUUAUACCCGUCCCAAAGAGGGUGACAACCGUCCGUUUUUCUGGAUGUUUGAGAAUGUGGUUGCCAUGAAGGUUAAUGACAAGAAGGACAUCUCACGGUUCCUGGCGUGUAACCCAGUGAUGAUUGAUGCCAUCAAGGUUUCUGCGGCUCACAGGGCUCGAUACUUCUGGGGCAACCUACCUGGGAUGAACAGGCCCGUGAUAGCAUCAAAGAAUGAUAAACUCGAGCUGCAGGACUGCUUGGAGUUCAGUAGGACAGCAAAGUUGAAGAAAGUACAGACAAUAACCACCAAGUCGAACUCGAUCAGACAGGGGAAAAACCAACUUUUCCCUGUAGUCAUGAAUGGCAAAGAAGAUGUUUUGUGGUGCACUGAGCUCGAAAGGAUCUUCGGCUUUCCUGUACACUACACAGACGUGUCCAACAUGGGUCGUAGUGCCCGCCAGAAGCUGCUGGGAAGGUCCUGGAGUGUGCCUGUCAUCAGACAUCUCUUUGCCCCCUUGAAGGACUACUUUGCAUGUGAAUAGCUCUACUCUGAGAUGGUCAGAGCUCUGGUGUCUUGUUAGAGCCAGGCCCCAGAGUCUAGAGUUAGAGCCUGAAGGCACCUCAGUUCACCUGUGCGUGGCCUCAUCUUGUACCUCAGCUCUCUCCUGCUCAGUGGGAGCAGAGCCUCCUGGCCCCUUGUAGGGGAGCCCGAGGUGCUGCCUCCUUGUGUACAACUCAGACCUGGCUGCUUAGAGUGGCCUUACAUGGUGCUCAUUCAUGUUUUCUUGUACCGAAACUUUAAAACUUGAAAUAGGUAGUCAAAUGGCUUUUUCCCCACUCCUGGGUUCACCACUCAGACAUGAUGGCUAAGAUACCAAAAUGACAGUUCUCCCAGUACUCAGGUCAAUGCUGCAAAACCACCCAAGAGAGAUUCUGUUUUUAAAUGCCCUUGUUUGUUCCAUGUUUAUUGGAAGAUGCCAAUGUAAGCAUGUAGCUCAGGAAGAUGUUCAGGUCCCAGGUAUGUCCCCCAUCCCUCUUAGGGAUAACAGAAGAAUAAAUGCUGAUAUAUAUGUCUGUCUUAAAUUUUACCUGGCACCUUCCCCUUGAUUUGCAAGGGCUGGAGUCUCCUGUUGGUCUUUGGGAGUAUUUCUUAGCAUGAUGAUGUCAGCGGGGAUGAUGUCAUUACAUUCAGGGCUAUUUCCCCCACAACAUUCCCUAGGCAGGGGCCAUCGAUAGCUAACCCUCCUGGUGACUGGAAUAGAAUCUUUGGAGGCGCUCAGGAAGAGGUGGCUGAAUUAAUAUAAGCUGCCAAAUAUUCUCAGUGUCCUCUCCUCCCUAUGUGAGGGGCAUGAAGCAGGGAUCUUGGGUAACCCUCCCCACUUGACCCUACCAGUACAGGUCCCCAGAUAGAUGCCCUAACUCCUUGUCAGAAGUCAGGGCCAGAAGCACGUGUUUUCCUUUUUUCCCAACAUCUAAGAGAAAGCAGGGGAAACUUCGCUACCUACUUGAUCUCCUGGAGAUUUUUAAACCUUUUUAUUCCAUACUACAUUAUCUUUUUAAGGGACUCUUUUUUAGGGGUCACUGGAGAUUGGAAAACCUGCAUUUCAGAAAUGCUAUUGUAAUUUUUUUUUUGUUUUUUUUGUUUUUAACAACUUUUACUCUAAUUACUGGUGCUAUUUUGUAGAAAAAGAAAAACCUUGACACAUUUGGGGGCUAUUUUAUACACUUUUUUAAAAUCUCAAACUUCUAUUUUUAUGUUUAACAUUUUCAUUAAGAUUUUUUUUGUAAGUGGAGCCAUGUCACAAGUAUGAGGACAGUGUGCCUUGUUUCAACAGUUUGCUGAUUUUUAGGCUGAAA